AUGGCCGCGCCGCCACCGCCGCUCAAACGGCGGUUCGCCCUCGAGCGCACCGACUCGACGGGCUCGCUCCUCGCCCACGCCGCCGACCUCUCGCUCAACUCGAACCGCCCGACCCCGACAGCCAGCCCCGGGCCCGAGUCGGGCACCGCCACGCCGUUCGAAGCAAGCUCGAGCACCGCCGGUCCCUCGCAGCAGGACCAGCUCGGGCGCGGCAAGCGCCCCAAGACGCGACACAGCCACACUCCGGCCUUCGUCCUCGCCCUCCCGGUUCCCUCGGCGCCCAGGGCCGACGGGCCGCAGCAGAGCAAGGUCAAGAGCAAGAACAAGGACAAGGGCAAGGGCAAGGCCAAGCUCUCGCGCGAGGCGCACGGCGGCGAGAAGGUCGGCGACGAGUGGUGGUUUACCGAUCCCGACGAGCUCGAGCGCAGGCGCAACGCCCUCAUCCUCGCCAACGCCACGACUUUCCUGAACGUCCUCCCGUCCUCUUCGCCCAACUACGUGUCGAAGCUCCUCGAGUCGACCAGCACGGCGGUCCCGCACAAGGUUGUGCGGCCCUACCGGUCGAUCCCGCAGCCGUCGAGCGUCGCCGGCGGGCAGCCUGUCCUCAAGGACUACCAGCUCAAGGGCCUCUCGUGGCUCGCCUACGUCGCCGAGAACGGCGGCUCCUGCAUCCUCGCCGACGAGAUGGGCCUUGGCAAGACGCUCCAGACGCUCGCCCUCAUCGCCUGCCUCGCCGAGCAGCACGGCCGCAAGGGCCCGCACCUCAUCGUCUGUCCGCUCUCGGUCCUCGGCUCGUGGGCAUCCGAGAUCGAGCGCUGGCUCCCCGACUUUACCGCGAUGCGCUUCCACGGCGAGGCGGGCGAGCGCCAGCGCCUCAAGUCGAUGUACCCCGAGCUGCAGCCCGACCUCGUCGUCACGACGUACGAGCAGUUUGUCUCCGAGGCGCACUGGUUCAAGACCCAAGGCCUGUACGGGCUCGUCGUGCUCGACGAGGGCCACCGCAUCAAGAACCACGAGUCGCAGGCGGCCCACGCGCUACGGUCGAUCCGGUCCCGCAUGCGCCUCAUCCUCACCGGCACGCCCCUCCAGAACUCGCUCGUCGAGCUGUGGUCCCUCCUGCACUGGUUGUACCCGGCCGUCUUCACCGACAAGACGCUCGGUCUGUUCCGCGACGCGUUCAACCUGUCGGCGGGCCUGUACGACUCGACGUUCCUCGAGAAGUCGCAGAAGCUCCUCGGCGACGUCGUCAUGCUCCGGCGCACCAAGGAGGGCGUCUCGAGCGAGCUGAGCGUGCCACCGAGGGAGGAAUUCACCCUGUACCUCCCUCUCUCGCCCAUCCAGCGCUUCUGGUACCAACGGCUCCUCACGCGCUCGGACCUCGGCACCCUGAGCGAGCUGUUCGGCGACUCGGCCGCGUUUGACGAGGCGGCGCUCGACCUCGCCAAGCAGGAGGUGGCCGCCGCGACGAGCACCCAGGGGCGCAACAACGCCCUCGCGCGCGUCACGAACCUCGAGAAGUCGAUCGCUCGGCGCAAGAGCGGCGCGAGCGUCGUCGACGGCGACAAGCAGGCGCUCGCGCAGAUGCGCAAGGUCGUCGAGGAGGAGAAGAAGAAAGGAGGAGACGCCGGCGCCUACAAGAAGCUCAUGAUGCUCAUGAUGCAGCUCCGCAAGUGCUGCUCGCACCCGUACCUGUUGCCCGACUCGGAGCCCGAGGGCGAGCUCACGGUCGACGAGCACGUCGUCGCCGCGUCGUCGAAGCUCGUCGCGCUCGACAAGAUCCUCGGCGACGCGUUGCCCAAGGGCGAGCGCGUCCUCAUCUUCAGCGGGUUCACCCGCAUGCUCGACAUCCUCGAGGACUACAUGGACCUCAGGUCCUACAAGUACGCACGCCUCGACGGCCAAACGUCGCGCCCUCGUCGCGCCCUCGACAUCCGCCUCUUCCAGCGCGAGAGCUCGGCGCUCCAGGUCUUCCUCAUCUCGACCCGCGCCGGCGGCCUCGGCGUCAACCUGACGGCCGCGUCGACCGUCGUCAUGUUCGAGAGCGACUUCAACCCGCAGGUCGACCUGCAGGCCAUCGCGCGCGCGCACCGCAUCGGCCAGACCAAGACGGUCCACGUGUACCGCCUCGUCACGGCGGGCUCGGUCGAGGAGCAGGCCAUGUCGAGGUUGCGCAAGAAGCUGUACCUGUCGCUCAAGAUCAUGGGCGGCAUGCGCAACGCGACCGAGCGCUUCGACGACGAAGAGGACAUGGUCGACGCGACCAACAAGAACGAGGACGACGCGCCUCGCCUGACUCGUGGAGAGCUCAUCUCGAUGCUUCGUGCCGGCGCGGGCGCCGCCGCCGACGAGUCGCACGACAAGAACGGCAACGACGCGUUCACGGCCUUCCGCAAGGCGUCCUUCGCCGACCUGUGCCAGCGCGGCCGCGAGCGCGACAUGGCCAAGGACCUCGGCGUCAAGGCCGAGCUCGGCGAGGCGAUCAGUGUCGAGGAGCGCGAGCGUCUCGCGCGCGAGGAGGAGGAGGAGGAGCGCCGGCUUCUCGCAGGGCGCGAGCUCAUCUCGUCGCGCAAGUGGGAGGGCAAGACGUACACGGCGACCAACACCGACAUCCGCCAGGAGUUGGAGGCGCUCGUCAAGCGCCAGUCGAAGGCUCGCGUCGUGAUGAUCGACGGUCACGCCGUCGCCACGCACUCGGUUUCGACCAAGGCGUGGGAGGCGGUCCCGACCAUCACGUCGUCGGCCAAGGCGACGGCCAAGCUCGCCAACACCAAGCGCACGACGCGCAAGUUCGAGCACGAGGACUACUGCCACGCGUGCAAGGACGGCGGCAACCUGUACCUGUGCAGCGGCUGCCCGCGAGUCUGGCACGCCGACUGCGUCGGCUCGACCACCAAGGCCCUCGCUAGCCUUCCGAUGUUCCAUUGCCCUCAGCACAAGUGCUCGGGCUGCGGUCGCUCGACGGCGGCCGCCGGCGGCCUCCUCUUCCGCUGCCAGACGUGCCCGAAGGCGCACUGCGAGGACUGCCUCGACGACGGCUUCGACGAGGUCGGCGAGGCGCUCCCGGAGCUCCUCCUUCGCGGCUUCGGCCCGCAGCGCCAGAUCUACUGGGUUCGCUGCUCCGAGUGCGUCGCGUACUUCCGCGAGCACCCGAAGGAGGAGGCGGCGAGGCAGGCGGCCGAGGCUGUCGUCGCGAAGAAGGUGGCGAAGGCGGCGGCCCGCGGCGGUCGUCGGUGA